GCCGCCUUUACAGUUUAGUUAGUUGGCAUUCAUUUGUCUCAAGAGACAAUGGAAAAGUGCGCCAUCAAGGGUAAAGUUAAACUGUUGGGUGAAUUACAGCACCUGCUGUGUCUGUACAGACCAAUAUGGGUGAACUUCAGUUAAUAACUGAAACAAAAGUGUUCCGAAUCUGUUACACCAUACACAAGAUACAUUUUUUUUAUUUUUAAGUACUUAAAACUACAAUAUUAAACUGAAUAUGCAUUCCUCCCAUAUCAUAUUGUCCUUGAAAAAUGGUCCUCUAAUAAGGCUGGACACUAAAAAGUAGCAGGUACUGAAAUACUGAGUACUGACGGAAUCAGAUACAAUGUGCACAAUGAAACCAAAAUAGUAUAUUAAAUGCAAAAUAUUAUACAAACACAAAAUUUCAAUUUCAAUAGUUGCAUCCCCAUUUAUUUCUCUUGAUGAAUGUAAGAGGAAAAUCAGGAUCUAUCAUAAUUGUUUGCAUGUCUUUUAAUAUGUCAAACUUAGUAUGUCUUGUAAUGUUAGCUAAAAUGAGCAAGUAAUAAUUCCUGACGAACUCGAUCAGCUUCAGAGUCAAGUGAUUCCAUAUGCUCAUAUUCUUCCUCUGGCUGUUCCAUCUGUCCCAUCGUUUGGGAAGACCACACAUCCAGUCCAUGCUCUAGAGAAAUGUUAUGAAGCACGCAGCAAGCCAGAAUGAUGUGGCUGGCCUUCUCGGGAGAAUACUGCAACGUGCCCUUUGACCCAUCCAGGCAACGGAAGUGGGACCGAAUUGUCCUGAAUGUACGUUCAAUGACAUUGUGAGUGGCUGAAUGUGCCAUGUUAUACCGGCACUCUGCAGGCGUUUCAGGAAUAUGCAGAGGGGUCAUUAGCCAAGUGCGAAGAAAGAAUGAACUAUCACCUGUCAAAAGAAAAAGAAAGAUCACAAACCAAACAGGGACAGGAGAGUGCAAAUAAUUCCAUCACCUGAUAAUAAAACCAGGCAUCUAUAUGAAGCCAGAUAUGUGUAUGAAGCCAGGAGGGCAACCAAGAUGAUCAAGGGUCUGGAAACUAAGCCUUAUGAGGAGCGCUUGAAGGAGCUGGGUAUGUUUAGCUUGGGAAAGAGGAGACUCAGAGGAGAUAUGAUAGCCAUCUUCAAAUAUCUUAAGGCCUGCCACAUGGAGGAGGGAGCAUGCUUGUUUUCUCCUGCUCUGGAGGGUAGGACUCGAACCAAUGGCUUCAAGUUGCAAGAAAGGAGAUUCAGACUAAACAUUCGGUAAAACUUUCAGACAGUCAGAGCUGUUGACCACAAAAAGUGGUGGACUCUCCCUCCUUGAAGGUUUUUAACCAAAGGUUGGAUGGCCAUCUGUCACUGAUGCUUUUGCAGAGGUUCCUGCAUUGCAAGGGGUUGGGCUAGAUGACCCUUGGGGUCCCUUCCAACUCUAAGAUUCUAUGUUUUAUGCUACCCUAUUAUUCUGUUUCAUGCUACCUUUGUUUGAUUUAUCUUUAUAGAGGGAGAACUGUAAAAUCUGCAGUUUUGACACAUAAAUGUUAUGUGGCAUGUCACAGAACCAAACAGAAAUUCCACCAAAAUAGACUUUCAAAGAUGCCAGUCAUGAGAAAGAACUUACCAAGUAGCCAGCCAUCUUUGUGCAUGCCAGCUUCAAACUGGUUCCUGAGGGCUGACUGCUGCAGCACAGCACAGUCCUGCAAGCUGCCUGGCCAGUGUGUUUCCGCACUCAGUAGCAUUCCCCUGGCGUCACAAACCAUCAGGCAGUUUAAAGAAUGAAGGCCCUUUCUAUUCACAUAUGACAAGUCCUCAGCACUGGGUGCCUUUAUUGCGACAUGGUUGCAAUCAACUAGUCCUAGUACCCCUGGCAUACCUGCCAGCCCAUAAAAGUCAUCUUUCAGAUGCUGCACCGACACUUCAUCAUCUGGGAAAUGAAUGAACUGAGAUGCCCUCUCCACCAGGGCCUCAGUAACAUUGGCAACACAACGGCUCAUAGAGGCCUGGCUGAUGCCAAUGGCAUCUCCCAUGCGAGUCUGGAAAGAACCAGAAGUGUAAAAACCUAAUGCAGCAAGAAUUUGCGUCUCUGGGCUAAUGGCCCUUGAUCGUUGUGUAGGACGAGAAAGGCUGGCACCCAGAAGAUCCACCAGAUAGUAAAUGAAGUGACGUGGGAAGCCAUACAUAGACACCAGAUAUUCAUCAGUCACAUCCUCCAGUUUGAAACGAUCAAGUGUUCGAUGCCCACGACCAUAUAGCAAGAGAUCACAAUCAAGAAUGGCUAUGGGAACAGCCAUGAUGGGUUGAUCUUUCUUCUCUCUACUCACCUACAUUGGAGCCAAAAAAAAGGAAAAUUGAGGACAUGGAUCCUAACAGCCUACUUGACUCUACUGUCAAUUUCAUACUAAUUACACACAAAUAAACCUAUUGGCUUAAGUAAAUAGGGUUUUGAAAUUAGUUUACAAAUGUACACUUUAAUUUAACUUGGCAUUUACACUAAUUGCUAUGAGACCAGAUCAUACAACUGAGAACACAAGGAAAAGAAAUAUAGAAAACUUUCCCACAGUCCUAUUAACGUGGCUGAGUCCUACCAGAUAACAUUCUACCAGAAAAGUUGACAAUAUUAUCUCCAUGGGAUUCUGCUAUUAAUUUCAAUGAAAGAGCCAAUGAAUCAUGGUCGUAGUUCUGGGAAAUUUCCAGUGGAAUUUUUUUUGGAGCUGUAUAUAAUUUCACACAGGGUCAUGGGACAUUCUUGAGAAAGCAAGAAUGCACAAUUAGUACUGACCUUGGGUCAUACGCAAAAUUGGAACUGUUGAGUACAUAUUUCACAAUAAAUUAGUGCUAUGUUUACAUUCUCUCUCUGAACCGGUUAAACAAGACUAGGAAAAUUUCUUUCUUUAUGUGUUACUGCAUUAAAAUUAAUUGGCUGUAUGAGGCAUGAGGGUGUGAAUUGGCAAAACUUAAGCUGGUGAUAUUUUUAGAAACGUAAAGCACUGAGAAACAAAGAGUUGCUUUGUUCUAAUGCUUGUUAAUAAGCUGUGCUGUCCCUCAAGGAUAUUUUUUCUGUUUGUCCAAGUGCACACAAAAUCUAGAAUUCUGGAACAACUGGAGUUGAUAAAUGUACUGAAACUAUGUGCCUAAGAAGAGCAAGUUAUAUAAACAGAGAUGCUUCACCCAACCACUCUUUUCCAUUGUUAAACAAGUCAGUCAUAUUUUAGUGGCAAGGAGCUGUCUUGAGAACCAAGGAGUUCCAAUCUUGCAAAAUCAAAGUUUCAACAAAGUAAUACUGUAUUUCUUGUAUCCUGUUUUUUAAUGUCCACCAGUGACUCCCAGUAGUUAUAAUACAAAGGAGGCAGGUAGGUAUCUAAUUAAAUAGCAAUGUAAGGGGCACUUUGGUAUCAGAUAUAGCCUAUAAGUUUAGGGUGGCAUCUCUACAAGAGAAUUUUUCUGUUCUCAGUUGGAGUCCAUUGCUGGAAGCAGCCAAAAUGUUAACAGUUUGCAUUAUCUCCUCAUUCCUGUAUGUAAUAAGCAUUUCCCCCUCUUCAUAUACCCAUGUGUUGCAUUACAUAAACAUAACAUUCUGUCCCUCUGAAUGUAUGGACAAUGCUUGAUUGUCAUCCCCUCUCUCAUAAUAGUUGUGUUAUUGUGCACUCACAAGAUUAACAAUUUAAUAAUAAUAAAAACCAAAAACCAAUGGAUUGAAUCUGGUCUGGUUCCUCUAUGAACAUCUGAUACCAAAGGUGUGAAUUCCCCCAAACAACUGAGGGAUUACUUAGUAUUAGCCAUCAUUGAAAAUAAGCCCACAAAAGUAAUUAGCUCACCACCACAGCUUACUAAGAAGCCAGAAGUCUGUGUUGCCAUGGUGGCCAUGGAGGAGGGAAAGUCCCCUCUUCUGUGGCCAACAUGAAAAUGCAAGCUACUAGACUCUUAGAAGUCAGCUUUUUUAACCAGCUUGCUAAGUGAAAGGGCAUGUAGGAAGGAAGGGUAUAUCUGCUCCUCCUUCACUAGCCUAUUUCAUGGUUAUGAAAGAAUAGGCUUUCCUUCCUGCCUGGCUAGCAAAGAAACCAAGUGGACUGGCAGAGAAGAGACCAAGUAACCCACUCCUCCUCCACCAACCUGUUCAUUCACCUACAUGAAUUUCUUGGUCACCCAUGAGUACCUGGCAAGUUGUCAAAAACAAGGCAGGUUUUACCUACGUCAAUAAACCAACUCAGAAGACGUGCCAGCAUACAUACAGACUCUGCUACCAAGACUCAGCUACACAGCUGCAAAUAAAAUACUUUAAAUGUGUUGUAGAGUGCAAUAUACAAAUGUGACACUAGAUGGCGAGAGUGAGCUAUGCCAAAUUCAAUGUAUUUUUCAAAACUUUUUUUAAAAAAGCAUUUUCAUAGUGUUUUCUAAAUGUGUGUAGAUUCCAGCCAAGAGACUAAAAGAUAAAUGCUUUCCUUUUUCCAGCGAUGAAUACAAAAGUAGUUGCAACUGACAUAUGUGUAAUAUAUUAUUUUGUCUCAGUAACAGCUGAGGCAAUAUGUCUACUUAAAAAAAAUAUUCCUGGUAUUUAGCAGCUAGUUGUUAAGCCCACAAUUAACUGUUGUAACUGAUAUGUCAUUAAUAUCCCUAUCAUCAUUUUGAGAUACUGUAAAUAGAUUUAGAAGGAAAUGUAGCAUCAUUAUCAAUGUCUGAGAAUGCAAUGUUUUGUUUUGUAACAUACAUGAGACACAUCUAUAUGAGUAUGUCUAAAAAAACAUGCAAUAACCUUUGUGCAGCAAAAUACACGUCUGACACUCAAGACUAUGUUUGAAGAAGAGAGUGCACCCAAAGAAGGAGGCCAUCUCCAGGCAUCUGGUUAGUGACUGUGUGAGGGCACAAUACAGAAUCAAAUGGGCCUGUGGUCUAAUCCAGAUGGGUUCUCAUGUGUCACUUUCAAGGUUUCAUUCACGCUUCUCGGUUGAGCCACCAGGAAUGACUUUCCUAAAGGACCCAAAGCAUGAAUGACGAAAGGUGAAGGGGUGCAAGAGAGGGAGAAGAAUGGCAAUGAGGCAUUAAACUGUUUGUGGUGGGAAGUGAAGGGCACCUGAUGAAGCAGGAACUGCAAAAGAGAGCUGAAAAGCAGACAGGUCUCUGCGAAAGGGGCAUGAAUUUGCCUUAUUGGAGGAUGCUGUGAAAGCGGAACAUGCAGCAGGGUAACCCAACAGUAGUUGUGGGAAAUCUCACCCGCUCCAACUCUCCCCAUCAGCACUGGCCAGCAUGGCCAAUGGUGGCAACGGUAGUGCAACACCAUCUGGUGGACCAGUGCCGGAUUUACGUAUAAGCUAAACAAGUUAUAGCUUAGGGCUCCACUCUCUUGGGGGUCCCAAAAAAAUUUAAAGGGGGAAAAAAAUGGAUGUACAUUUCCAAAAUAUAAGAUAAAAAACAAAUAAAAUAAAACCUACAUACAGCAACAGUAUUUUGUGUUGUGUAGGCUCCUAUUUGUUAUGUGCAAACGGCUUUAGAUACCUAUUAGGUCCAUAAAUUACCAUAUAGUAUAUACAGUAUUCAACACAAAAAACAGCGGCAAUUUGUUGUUGACAAAGGACAGCUGGACAUAUAAAGGGUCCCAUUACCUCCAGUAGCCUAGGGCCUCAUCAAACCUAAAUCCGGCCCUGUGGUGGACUACAAGUUCCUCCCUAGAGAAGCGGGGAGAAGACUAGGGGGGGCGCAAGGGGGUCUUCCAGGGAGGACGGAAGCGGGAGAGGGGUUCUGCGCUUGGAGAAAGACUGAAAGCGCAGGAUAUAAGCAUGUUUCGCGGCGCGGCUACGCGUCCACACCUCCCUCUCCGCCGGGCCCCCGAUUUACCCCGAUAGCGCAAGGGAGCCUGUCCCGAAGUCCCUUCCCAGCACCCGGAUCCCGAGGCGGAGCUCCAAGUCCCUCUCACGGCGCCCGGCCUGUUCAUUCCCAAUCGCAGAUUCCUCACGAGACCGGCCCUUCACCCCUUUAAGCCUCCCAGGUGGGCAUUCUCGCCUCCCGCCGAUAAUUAACGGCUGCGGGCUGGCCCACUGGGGCGGGGGGGCGUCGCUGAUAACGGGAGGCGGGUCCUCGUCUCUGUGGAAAGUGCCGCGGCGGAUGCGGAGUCAGCGCUCCCCGCUCGCCCUGAGCGGAUGAAAACAAACAGCAGCAAUGGCGGCGGUGGCGGCGGCGGCUGCAGGGGGAGUCUGCGGCCGUGAGGGACACUCUGGCUGUGUAACCUGCGACGACGGGCAGGUCGGCUCGUAGGGCCGGCAGACUGAGCGACUUCUCCUCGAAGGCCGGCGCCGGUUCCUCAGAGCCUUCCUCGAAGGGGCGGCGCAAGCGGAGACUCCACUCGUACGCGGGCCAGCCAGCCUCGGGCAUUCCCAACCCCUUCCCUGGGCUGGACCAAGCACUGAGCAGCGGCGAGUGGAGGCCGGAUAUUGGUCACCCGCCUCGGGACUAAAGGUCCCAACAGCCCUUCUCCCCAGCAGGCGCUGUUUUCCCGGCAGGCUUGGGCUACGAAUCUACGAACCACCCCCCCCCCCGCCAUAUUCCCAGACGGGGCUGAGGAAAAAGCCUUGUCCCGCGCGGGAAUUGGGCAGCGGAGCCGAGCUCGAAAGGUGCGCCAGGAAGAAGGGAGACGAGAGGCGGGCGGCCCUCAAGUCUGCGGGGCCGGAGGGGUCUUGGUGCUGCGAGCCCCCGUUGGGGUUCCUGAGGUGACCCCAACAGAGGACGUUCACUGCCACGUCUCCUCUCCGAGGAAAGAAGCCACAGGAGGCGGCGAGGGCUGCACCUUCCAGCCCUUCGAGUCGAAACCAGCCGCGAGGAUUUCGGAGAGGCCCACUGGGUCUGACCAUGAGGAGGGACUAAGAUAGCCUCCGGGCUCGUCCCCGGAAUGAGACCCCGAGCCGUCACCUCAGCCUUCUCCCCGCAGGUAAUUCCCCCCUGCACCUCAGAUGCACAUAAUUUGAUGGGUUUCGACUAGGCUUCUGCUGGAGUAGGGUGAUGGGUCUGCUCCCACAGAGUAGGUCGGGGUGGGGAGAGCAGCGGAUCACAGUCUGAUUGUAUAGAGUUGUGGGUAGUAGGGAAAAUAGGGCUGUGAGGACUGUUUAUUUCUAGACAAACCUUUCAGAACCUAAGGAGUACUGAAAAUAAAACCUCCUUGAGGAUGUGAUGUAGUCAACGUAUGACGUGGCACGUGCAUGCCCUUGGGUUUAAACCCAGCUGCACCACUAAAUUUCUUAGCAUGUGUGAUGUGGGAGCUUGAAUAUAUCUGUAACUUAUUUCAUGACCUUGCCAAAAGGGAGUUUUGUUGACUGACGUUGAUAACUGAUUAAGCUGCUUUAAAGCAACAGUAUUCAAAGGGUUCCAGUAACACAGGGCCUAUUUUCACUAACUAGUUCUACAUCAUGUGUUCCUUUGAGGAUCAAGCUGCCAGUCUUUAUGCUGCAUACUUUGUCUUCAUCAUGUGAUCUGACCUCAUGGUCUUUUGAUCUAGAGAUAUUUCUAAAUCUUUCAGGCAACAAUGUGACUGAAAUAAUGUGAGGCUUUUCUAACUCUUGGGCCACAAUUCAAGACAAAUUCAAGUAUGCUUAAGUUCACUGAAAUCUUAACCAAAACAGUGCAAUUCUGCUACGAGGAGUGGGGCUUUCUCUCUAGUUAAUACGUUUGGUAUUUCAGUCUUGGUGUGCCUAACUCUGCAUUGGAAUGUGGCUCUGGGUCUUUAAAAUACCUAUUGCGUAAUGGAAAAACUAGGCCAUUCGCAUAAACAAAAAAUAGUUUAGUUAGAAUCACUGGCUUUUUUGAAUUUCAAUAAAAGAGAAAAGGCAUUUUAGAAACAUGUUUUUAUUUGCCUUAAAAUUACAUUUCUUUUCCCCUAGAAUUUAUAUUAACUUAGGGACUAAGCAAUGUUUGCUACCUUCCAGUUUGUUGUAACAACAAGAAUAAAAAAGUUGAUAAUCAUAGUUUGGUUCCUAUCAAGAAGAAAAUCUACCUCAAAACCUAAAAUAGGGCUGCUUCAUAUUUACAGGAAUUAAGGCAUAUGCCUCUGUGUACUAUAUCUGCCAAUAGGGUUCCUUGUAAAGUGUUAGACUUUUAUGUCUGCUGUAGUUGAUUUUCAUGUAUGCUGCAUUCACUGAGGGACCCCAGAGCCAGCCGUAGCUUUUGAUGACAUCUGUAGUGCGCACACAAAUCAAACAGAAUAUGGUUCUUGCACAUAGUGGGCAGUGUUGUAGGUACACAUAUUAUACUAUGCACAUUGGAAGCAGCCCUCAGGAGGUACAAAAUGGGGAAUUAUUGUAAGCUGUCUCACUGUUUUAGGAAAUAUAAUAAAUGGGGAUAAGUGAACCAUAGGUCUUUAGGACAUCAUAUUUAGUAUUUUCUCCAAAUUUAGAAAUAUAUGUUCAUAAUGUAACAGAAAUAAUUUUCAUUCCAGAACAAAAUGAGAUCCAGCUUGUCAAGUUUAUAAACAUAUGCUUUCUAUCAUAGAAUCUGUACUAAGAGCAAAUUCAAUUAUCCAAGUGCCAGUGUUUAUGUAAUCAAAACAUUACCAUGCAUGCACAAGAGAGAGAUAUCAGCAGGCUUCUGGAUAUCCCAGCUUGCAAAAGUACUAAAAAUCUUUAGGUUGAGGCAGGGGAGUCAAAACAGCCCAUUGAAGGCUGAGUACAUUGACUGAGGUGGGUGAUGCCAGGAGUGUAAGGAAGGAAGGCUUGGCUGACUGGAGCACCAUACAGAAGCACUCCAUACUGCAACAUAUUCUUACUGCCCCAAAAUAUUACAUAGUCAGUUUUCUUCUAAUGUUGUUAAAUAAUUUAUGAUUAUUAUUACAUGUAGCUGUUGUUUUUUAAUUCAGGAAAUCAGUAACUUACAGUGGAUUCCCACAAACUCUCCUUUCUAGGUACUGAGCAGGCUGAAAUUUCUUGCCUUUAACAUAACACUCAGUUCUCUGGGUCCAAGAAAGACUAAUGGUGAGGUGGCAUACAUUAGAUCUGCCUGGACUUGAAUUCAAGGAUAAUUAUUUCUCCUGAAAGAAUCAACCCCUAAGUUGGAGCUCUAUCUAGUGUUUCUUGUUCCUCUUAGGAGAUUGUGAUGCAAAUGUUGCCAAGACAACUGCUCCCUACUCUCAAAACAUGGUAAACAGGCAAAGGAGGAGCAGGUUCAUAAAUGCUUUGUGUGUCAACCAGAUGUGUUUGGCUUUUAUUUGAAUUUUUUUAUUGGGCUCUUUUAAAAUGUUUUCCUGCUUUUAAGGAGUUUGCACUAGAGAAAGCAAUGCUGCUGUUAAUUGGAAAGCCUUGUGAAAUAGAAAACUGUCUUAUACUGCGUGCAUCUAGCCCAGUAUUGGUUGUUUUGACUGGCAGUAGCUUUCAAAGUUGUUGAACCAAAGUUUUUCACAUCCUCCUGUUACCGAAGUGCUUUUAACUGGUGAUUAAACCUGGAACUUUCUGCCUCCAAAGUUAAUUCCUUACUACUGAACUACAGCUUGGCCCAAAGUGAAUGAUCUGUAACCUGAGAAUCAUGAAGUAUCUCUGAUAUUCUAGUACCUUGUGAAGGUUCUAGAAUCACUGCACUGAGAGACAUAACCAGUAUAAUUGUCCAUCCUAUAUUCUCAUUGAAAUACUAUAUGGGUUGAGGUUACUCAUUUCUUAACACCCUUUGUUUUAAAUGUGUCUGCCAGAAUGGAGAGCAAAGAAAGCUGUUUCCUUACCCUGUAAAAAGAAACCUGCCACCACAGUGUUAUUGAAGAACAGUUUUGAUCUGAGAGAAGGCGAUACUGUAUCUAGCUUUUGGAAAAAAAGUCAUUGUAAUUUGUUUUUGCUGCUUUAUUACUCCGUUUUAAUUACCGUAUUUUUCGCUCUAUAGGAUGCACUUUUUCCCCUCCAAAAAUGAAGGGGAAAUCUGGGUGCGUCCUAUGGGGCGAAUGCAGGCUUUCGCUGAAGCUUGGAGAGCGAGAGGGGUCGGUGCGCACCAACCCCUCUUGCUCUCCAGGCUUCAGGAAGACAUCCGCAGCCUGCUUCCCAGAGUGCCGGGCACGUUGAAAGCAGAGUGCCCGGCGCUUCGGGAACACAUCCGCAGCGUGGGGAGCCCUGCAGGAGUUCCCCGCAGGGCUCCCCACGCCGUGGAUAGCAGCCUGCUGCCCGGCGGGCGGGGCGCCCUGAAGCAGAGCGCCCCACGCGCCGGGCAGACAUCCGCAGCGUGGGGAGCCCUGCAGGAGUUCCCCGCAGGGCUCCCCACGCUGCGGAUAGCAGCCUGCUGCCCGGCGGGCGGGGCGCCCUGAAGCAGAGCGCCCCUCGCGCCGGGCAGACAUCGGCCAGCCCCACAAGCUCGGGGGACAGCAGGGAGGCGCAGCGCCGCCAUCCCGCUGUUCCUCGACCUUGUUCGGUUUCCCCGACCUGCUUUUGGGGGGGAAAUAAAGGGAAAUUUUUUUCCCUUUAUUUCCCCCCCAAAAAACUAGGUGCGUCCUAUGGGACGAAAAAUACGGUAAUACUUAUUAAUUUAAUUUUUUUGUAAACCGCUUUGUGAGAUUUACCUGAAAAGUGUUAUAUAAAUAAUAAUAAAUGAAAUAUUUUGCUUUAGAUAUGCUGUGUAUUAUAGUUACUCAGGAAAGAGGCACUAAAAGCAACAAGGGUUUAGAGUAGGAUUGGUCCCGUGGAAAUUACCACCAUGCAGUAAAGCACAAGCAUGUCUGAAAUAUACAAUAGACCAUCACAAAGAAGGUGUGUCACAUAUGUGAAUUUGUGUUAAUUUCCAUUAUAUAAUGGAAGUUUUUCUUCAAAACUUCAAAAAUGAAAAUUUUGAUAAGUGCUACAGUUUGUGUGUAUUGAUUUUCAUGUGAGGAUGGGGAUGUCAGUUGCAAAAAAGCUUUCUGAAGCCUAGAACCCAAUAGUUCCCUGACCUGACUAGCUCAUAGGUAAAAAAUAUCACCUUUUAGAUAAUGUUGGUUAUCCUCUGGGCUGAAAAUAAAUAUUCUGACAUUAAGGCUCCAGCUGUGUUCAGUAACAUUGGUAGAUCACUGAGAAAAAUAGUGUGUGAUGUUUAGCAUGAUCCACUCAAAUUCAGGGGACAAGUUAGUCAAUUUGUGUUCCAUUGAUUUCAGUGGGUCUUCUCAAGCACGACUUAGUCUGUAUCCAGCUCAUGAUCCAUAUAUUGGUCAAAUUCUGAUAUAUAAAACUUUAUUUUCAGCAAGCAAACAUGCAAAUUUUCCUAACUACAGCUUAGGUCAAAUCUGUUGGCCCUUUUUGUUCUACACUGCAUUUUAUCUGUCACAGUUUCAUGAUAACUAGGUAGGUAUCAUUGUUCAUUUAUCAAGAAAUGAAAUAGUUUAUCAAAUAUCACACCUGUUUAGAGAAAGAGACAGUAUUAUUCAGGUGUACUUUGCACUUUUGCCCAGUGCUGAGUCCAUUGCAUUUUAACAUUAUAUUGUUUCAAGGAAUGUACCUGUGAAGCAUUCUGGGAUGGUGGAGAGAUGGGAUGGUGGGGAGUGUCUGGGGGUAUCUUGAAGACAUUUAUUAUGGCAUGAACUUUCACAGACUAGCACCUGCUCAUAAGUAUGACUAAGCUACAGUAGGGCUGUGACAUGACAAAUGCCAGCUCUGCCCACAUAUCCACUCCAGCAACACAAUUGGAGGACUUAAUAAAAAUAUCAUCAGCUAUACUGCCAUCAGGGGGUCAGUCACCUGCCAGUACUGCUCUGCUGCCUACAUAGGUCAAUUUUUAUGCAAAAAAUGACUUCCAUGUGUAGGCUCUCAUUGCUUUGUACAAAUGUGCUUCUUUAAAUGCAUAUAAUGACCAAACUCAUUUGGCACUUAGUUCUAGCAAGUUCAGCAGCUUAAAUGAAAUGUGAUCUUUUCCUGCUCCAGUUCCCAUAACAACUGAGCUGAUUCUCAAAAUGCACAUAAACUUUUCACUGGUGCAUAUUCUCUUCGUGGCUAGUAGUUUAUUAAUGUAAAUCACACAAAUUUAUCUCAGCAAGGUUAAGAUUAGUUUUAUGUCUCUUUAAGAUUACCAUAGUUUCCUGAAGUUCAUUAACUUUGAUUAGUUUAAAUAAUAUAGUAAGCUCUUCUGUUAGUAACAAAUUGGAAUAUUUAUGCCUGUUCUAUUCUAGAUUUCCAUAUGCAAUGGACACUGAUCUCAGCUCCCAGGACAGGAAGGACCUGGACAAGUUCAUCAAAUUUUUUGCUCUGAAGGUAAUUUUUUGUUUUUUGGAAUAGAAGUAAAAAAUAAAAAAAAUCCACAUUCCUGUUGCACUGUGACAAACCAAAACUCCCUGUACUUAUUGCAAUGCCACAUGCUGCCGUGCCAUAAUGUUGAUUGAUGCAAUGUCAAAACCUUUUAAAACAACAUUUUCUGCUGAUCUCUGACUUCAUUUGGAUUUCUAAAAAUAUAGAUUAUAGUAUCAAAACAAAACAAAGCCCCAUAGUCAUCCAGCUUUUGAAUAUGACAAGCUCUUAUUUGACUGUCAGGUGACUUGUCUGCAGACCUUGGGACUGAAUCACAUAUGCUUAAGAGUCAAGGAAAGGGAGUUUGGAACUGGGAUUCCAGGUAGACAAAGCAGGAAGCCACACAGUGGUGAGGUUAGGGAAGGGAAGGGAGGUAUCUAGAUAUCAAAGCCUUGCUUAUAGACAGCAUCCUAUAGCACCCAUUGAUUGUCCUGCGCUGAUUGACUGAGAUUAGUAUAGAUGUUGCAGAGCAAGCUGGUAAAGCGUAUGUACAGAUUAAAGGAGAAAUGUAUGGUUUUACCAACAAGAGAGGUGAAUGAUCUCGACAGCAAGAGGGGAAGGAUAAAAUCAUGGAAGACCAACAAAAACACUGAAGUAGUGAAAGCGGUUACUUUUGUUUCUGUGUUUCAUCUCAUCUCUCUCCUGUUUAGUAACAAAUCUUGACUUCUCACAAAUCUCAUAUUUUCUCUUUCAGACUGUACAAGUGAUUGUCCAGGCCCGACUUGGUGAAAAAAUCUGUACUCGAUCAUCAUCCUCGCCAACAGGCUCUGACUGGGUAAACUAUAUUCCUCAUAGCAAUCCCAUUAUUCCCAUACUUGUGUCAUGUUAAAAUACAGGAAACAAAAGACUGAAGCAGAACUGCAGACAUAGAACCAUGCAAAAAUGUUAAAACAGUAUUCCUUUUCUUUUUAACCACAUAAAACUACUAUUUGGGCAUCUUGUGGUACUGGAUAUAAAAAUAAUAUAUAUGUCUGAAUAGUUUCUACCUCAGCUGAUUCUGGGUAGAUUUCUCUUAAUUGCUUUUCAUCUGUGGCUCUGAUAAAAGCUCUCAAGAGAGGAACUGUAAAUAGAGAGAACAAGGAAGGAGCUGGGAAAUUUUUGUGAUGAUAUUAUCUGCUUUACCAAAAAAAAGUAAAGCAAGACUGUUAUUAGUAAUCAUCAGUGUGUGACAGCAGAGAAUAUUUUGUCCUGUUGUCAUCUUUGUACGAAUCUAAUGUGUACCUCAAAUUUCAAAACCUGGAAACCAAAAAAGUAUUUGCUUGCGAAUGUAAAUGCGGCAUCAAAUCUAAUGCGCACACUAAUUUUUGUGAUGAAAUUUGGCAAAAAAAGGUGUGCAUUACAUUUGAGUAAAUACAGUAAGUUGUAAGUUCCAAUACAUACAUUCCUGUUGUGUGACACAUGGUAGAUUUCUCAAAUAAGUUCCUCAAAAGUAAAAUCAACUCUCUUAAUUUUGCAGUUCAACUUGGCAAUCAAAGAUAUCCCAGAAGUUACCCAUGAAGCAAAAAAAGCCUUGGCAGGACAGCUGCCUGCUGUUGGGCGGUCAAUGUGUGUGGAAAUCUCUCUCAAAACCUCUGAGGUAAAGCCUAAGCAAAACUAUACUUCUGCCAUCUUCAUGCUUUAAGGCUCAUGUCAGCAAUGUCUUCAUACUAUACACAUGAUAUCUAUUGCAAGCGUUUUUUAGUGCACCACUACUGACACUGUUAAGGAGAGUCUAUACAUAAAAAAGAGCCACCCUAGGUCAUAAACUGCAGUUACUAUGUUGUUGUCACAUUCUUUAUAGAGGGUUGUGUAGAGGCACCCUAACUAUCCAAAAUAGUUUUUCAGCCUAAAUACAGUAUCUGUUUUUAAAAUAAUCAUCAUUAGAAAAAUAAAACAUGAACUGUAUGAUGGUUACCACGUAUAGGGUUGAGCUUUAAACAAGCAAACAAACUGCUUUCAACAAACAGCCCACCAGAAGCAUGUGGGCCAAACUGUUGAGGCCAUUUGUAAGUAUAUUUGUCAUUUGAAGUCAAAAGGAAGCUGAGCGCAUCUCACAAGGGGGGAAAGGUGCUCCUGUUUUUAUAUACAAAUCUUUAAUCUUAUGAAUCAGAAGGAGCAAACCAUAGCUACAAAUUCAUUAUUACAUGAAGUAUUUUGAAUUUUGUGUCUCCAUUCAACUUCCAAAGGAACCACAGUAAGAUCAAAAAAGAUUAUUCAUAUGAUGAUAAACUUAUUUUGCAGGUUUUUCCCACUCAUUGAGCAUCUCACAAAGAUGUUAUUUAAACAUUCCUUUUUCCACUGCAGGGGGAUUCCAUGGAGUUGGAAAUUUGGUGUUUGGAAAUGAAUGAAAAGUAAGUGUGUGUUGCUGAUUCUUGUCCAAUAAGCAGAUAUUCCUUGGCUGACUGAGUGCAUAAGGGCACAGAACUUCAUCUGAAUACUAGUUGCUGGGAAACAACAAUGGGAGAGGGUUGUUGCACUCAUGUUCUGUUUGUGGGCUUCCCAUAUGCAUUUGGUUGGCCACUGUGGGAAACAGAAUACUCAACUAAAUAGUUAUUUGGUCUGAUACAGCAGGACUCUUCUUAUGUUCUUAGUCAUGUUCACAGUUUCCCCACUUGCCUUGAAGCAGAUAUAACAGGGUAGAGCUAAAACCAUGUGAGGUUUGGAUUAUCUUCAAUGACUAUAGUUGCAAGCCAAUAUGGUUAAAUGGUAAUAGCAACCACUCCGUGUGCACUCAGGUUUAGGAAAUGCAUGAAUUACAAAAUAGGAAAGUUGAGUUAAAUUACGUUGUUUUCUGUUGGUUGUUUUGGUUGUUGGUGAUUUUAAAUGACUAAUUUAAAUCAAUUCACCCUGGAUCUAAAAGGGCAGUUAUUAUUAGAUGGCAGAAAACUCUAAAAUAAAUCCUCCUAUUGACCCAUGAUUUAAAUGGCCUGUUUUGAUUUAACAAUGUUGUAGAAGACACUGGAGUUAAAUUAUCUACAGUGAGUCAGCAGUUUAGUUCUGAUUUUUUUUUUUAAUUCUGCAUCAGGCAAACAUAAUUAGCCACAAGCAUCUGCUGCUUCGUAGCUUUUACUUGUCUCCUAGACUAGAAAAAUUGCAAAGGGACUUAAGGUUUUACGACAUUUAUCAUUCAAGUAAGAGAGAACUCUUGGUAUCUGUUAGCUGAGAAAUUCAAGUGUCUUUUCACAGAACAUACCUGUUCAGUAUUUAAAGUCAUGUGUAUCUUUUUGGCUAGGUGCUGAAGUACAAGGAUUUCUAAUUGAUUAAAAAUAAGAAUUAUGCAAGAUAAUUAUAUAGGUAUCUACAAGCUAUAUAAGAAAAUAAGCUACAAAAUGCUCAAAAACUUAACAUUGAUUAAUUCUAGUAAAAGAUUAUUUGUAACUUCUGCAAAUACUUUUUUGCAAUUAGAUAAAUAUUCUUUGGGAACAAAUUGCAUAGAUUGUGUAGAUUGUGUUUCUGAGGGCAGGUUGUAAUCUCAAUUGCUUCUAUUUUACAUGGCUAAAUCUAAAGUAGACCACAAAUGUCACUGUCUCUAGCUUGUAUUAGUGUACUUUGUGUCACUUCAUUGAGAAUAUUGGACUAACUCAUUUCUGUGUGCUUUUUAGGUGUGAUAAAGAAAUCAAAGUUUCCUACACUGUGUACAACAGACUGUCUCUAUUACUGAAGUCUUUACUUGCUAUAACAAGGGUGACUCCUGCCUACAGACUCUCCAGGAAACAAGGUCAUGAAUAUGUAAUAUUGUACAGGUAAUAAAUAUUGAAAUAGAAACAAUAGAACUAUUGGCUCUUAUGCACUUUUCCCACUUAUUUUUUCCUAUGGUAUUUUGCAAUUCUUGAUCAACGCUUCAUUAUUUUUCUUUAGCUUCUCCAUAUUCUUAGAAUAUCUUUCCCUUUAAAAGCCAACUUGCUUCCUCAGUUGUUUCCUUUAAAAGGAUCCUUAGUUAAAACAUAACUUUUUUCUCCCAUCUUUGUCUUAGAACAUGUCUGGUAGAAAGUUUUCGAACUGCUAAAGGUUUGGCAGGUGAGGGGGGAUCCUUUUUAAAUAGAAAGGGCAAGCCUGAAUUGGGUCUUGCAAUGGUACUUCUGGUUCAUCUGAUGACCAGUGAAUGGAAUAUGAGCUGUGGGUUCAGAUUUCCAGCUCAGCCAUGAAUUUACUGGAUGACUGCAUUGGACAAACUGCUGUCUUUCAGUCCCAGUUAAUAAUAAUAAUAAUAAUAAUUUUUAAUUUAUAUCCCUCCCUCCCCAGCCGAAGCCGGGCUCAAGGCGGCUAACAACAAUGUACUCAUGAGUAAAAAGCAAUAAUACUCAGAUAAAUAUUGUAUAGGUAAAGAAUCUUAAUCUUGUAAAGUACUUUGUAAAUCAGAAGACCCAGCUCAAUGAUAAACACUUAGUGCACCUGACUUUAUACUACCUAGUAGACUAUAUUUAAUGUGCACUCUCUCUCUCUCAUAGGAUAUACUUCGGAGAAGUUCAGCUGAGUGGCUUGGGAGAAGGUAUGGUUUGGCAAUGAACAAACUAGCUGAAGACUUAAAAAAAAAACCAAUUACUAUAUACCAGUAACAUGAAGGAUUUUGGAUGUAGGGGAAAUUAGGAGAGUCCCUUACUGGAGGUCAAUAAUAGCAAUAUAACAUUUAUUAACAGCACGUGCAUCAGUCCCUACAUGGACUAGCACAAUUAGUAAAACAACUUUUUUAAAAAAGAUGCUGAGAGAUUUAUUAGGAAGAGGUAUGCCUUCAGUAAGGGAUAUGGCAGGAGAGCAUAUUGUUAUCCCUUUGUUGCUAGCAGAAUGACAUAAACUGUCAUUCAGCAACAGAGAAAUGGCAAAUAAAUCUUUAUCUUUAAUGCUGACUAUUAAAUUAUUAUUAUUAUUAUUAUUAUUAUUAUUAUUAUUGGUAAUUUUUCUUCUAUUUCCAUAGGAUUUCAGACCGUCCGUGUUGGGACAGUGGGUACUCCAUUAGGCACCAUCACUUUGUCCUGUGCCUACAGAAUCAACCUAGCUUUCAUGUCUACCAGGUGAGAGCAUGAGAGUCAAACUAAUCCACAUUUUCCAGGACACUUUCCAUUUCUGAAGCCCCAAAUCCUGGGCUUCUCAGAUUUUGUGGAGUGAUAUUGUUUGGUAGCCCUGAGUCAUGCUCCUGAACACCAAUUUCCUUGUUCAUGUGUGGAGUUGCAGGGUUGAAUUGUGGGGAUGCUCUGCUUCCCAUUAACUGAUGCAGAAGAGCAGUCUAGCUGUCAGAAUUGGGGUUGCAGCAGAGAAGAGAACACAGUCUUAUGAAUAACACCAUUUGCUUGUUGCAUUGCAGGCAGUUUGAGAGGACCCCACCUAUCAUGGGGAUUAUCAUUGAUCACUUUGUGGACCGUCCCUACCCCAGCUCCUCACCCAUGCAUCCCUGCAAUUACAGGUGAGGAAAUGCAAAUCACAGAUCAUAGGUGAAGGCAGUUCUUCCCAAAUACAGAGCCUCUACAUCAUGCACUGCUGGGUGGAGAAAAGAAAAAGUCCUUACAUGAAAUGGAAAACCCUGCAUUUUCUAUUCUAUAAGAAGUGGGUGAAUGGCAUAUGGUCUAGAGGGUUCUUAGACUUUCAGACUCUCUCCAGUUCAUGUAGACAGUGGUUCACAUGAAUUCUCAUUUGCAUCAUUAGUAUAUAAUCAGAAAAAAAUACAAUGCAGAGUGAAAACUCUUAACUGCUAAGUGAAAUGAGUUGCAGAAGAAAGCUAACACAGUGCAUUGCAAGCAUUGAUUUUAGUGUUUGUACACUCAAGUGUCAGCAUUCAAAAGCAUUCGUGGUUCAUUUAUUUCAUAUAGUUUUCAAAUACUGGAUCUACUUUAAGUUGUGAAAGGGAAUGUUUACCAGCAGAUGCUUCUGCUGGAGGAAGAGGGACUGGAGGUAUGCCAUCUCCCUCACUUUUUGCAACCCUCAGGAGCAGUGAAACUAGGAACUGAUGAAUAACUACCCCCUCCUUAUCCAGCGGAAGCAUCUUGGAAGUGGAAUUCCACUUAUGGGAAGCCUAGAGCCAACCCAUUGCAAUGUAUAAUAUUUUGACAAAGAAUCAUAGAAUUUUAGAGUUUGAAGGGUCCUCUAGUCCAACCCUCUGCAGUGCAGGAAUCUCAACUGAAGCAUACAUAACAGGUGGUCAUAAAAAUCAAAGGGUUCUUUUAGUAAAAGGUUUUAUUUUAUAAAUAUUUCCUUUGCAGUCAGACCAAAAGCAAUGAUAAGGUGCUUUAAACUGGCUUUGAAGCUACAUUUUGUACAUCUCUACAGCAUAGCUGUCAACAUUUCCCUUUUCUUGUGAGGGAUCCUAUUCGGAAUAAGGGAAUUUCCCUUUAAAAAAGGGAAACGUUGACAGCUAUGUUCUACAGCUGGUAGCAUAGGUAACAUUUAUCAGGAAGAGUCUUCCUAACAAAAACUAAAAGGCAGAUAGGUGAAUAAUGUUUCAUACUUCUCCUGGACAAAUAAAAUCCAGACUUAAUCCACUCUAGUAGCAUUUAUUUAAACCCCGAUAAGGAAAGAGUUAGAGCUCCUUCAUAAUUCUCCUUUCAACUCCACUCAGAUGUUCUGGGUCUGUCUCUGUAUGUACUUUAAAUCUUGCGUUUUAUUGAACAUUCCCAUUUUGAAGUUUAUCUCCUUCUGUUACAGAACAGCUGGUGAGGAAAAUGCAUACCCAUCAGUGGAAGAUUCUCAAGAAGCCUGCACCACCUCUUUUUCUACUUCUCCACCAUCACAGGUAAACAAUUUUUCAGAGACCAUUGUAUGUUUUCCAGCAUGCCUCUUUCAGAGAGGCAGCUAGCUGUAUUGUCGUGUUUGUCAACAAGGCACGUUUUAGUUUACAGACACUUGUAUUUUUAGUUAACGUUUUAAAAAAUUGAAUAUUACAGAUUGUUAGACAAAUACAAAAAUGAAGGUUACUGAAAACUAAAUGAUAGUUUACUACAUCUGUGCCUAAUGAUAAGUUUCCUUGUGCAUACAAAAAUUCUGUCUCUUUAUAGAUAAAACAAUGUGGUAUUGGUCACACUUGAUUGCACAGAGUACAGUUUAAGUUCUGAAUCAAUUUUGCUGACAAUCUGUUGAUUGCAUAGUAUUCACCUGUUUCCAUCCUGCUGCAAUUUAAAAACCUUUCUCUAUACCUGGCAAAUGUAAAAUACUUAAAGAUUGGGUCACUUUUCUCUUCUCUUUUCCUUUUAAAACUUUGCAUACUCUGGCCGAUGUAUUCUAUAGAUUUAAAAGACUGGUAAAGAGCCUUUGGAGCUGUGCAGUUGGUGUUGAAGGUUUAGUUUUCGAAUCUCCUUCACUAGGGCAACCCUGGUGUGGAAAUGAGUUUCUGAUUGCAUUUCCAGAAGAGAAGAUAUGUAAACAGAUGUUGUUAGGGAAGGAGAAGGCAUGUAACACUUGUGGUGCACAUAAUCCUAGGAAACUGCGGGGGAUCAUAUCUUAACUUCAGGCUAGAGGAUGAGCAUGCUCUACAGGCAGCUGUGGGUUGGGCACAGCCUUCUGCUUCACCCCUGUUUUCCUGGAUCAAAGUGUCCAGUUCCAAUUUAUGUAUGUUUUGGGGCACUCUAAAGAUUUUUGCCUUAUGCUUAGGGGCUCUCCUGGUUGCCCAGUCAAAUAUCACAAGAGAAACAAGUUCCUAUAAAAGGUUCUGAAUCUAUUACUUCAGUUGUCUCAAUCAAACUCUAGUCUGAAGACACAUGGCUUCUGACUUUGACAGCCAGCACAGCUGAUGAGUUUGUGGCUCAAGGCUUUUUCUCUGUUCUUGCUAGGGUUUGUGUUCAGCUGCUCUGUAACAGCGUGAGGUAUCUUUUUUUAAAAAAACAGUGUUUGACAAAGCCUAUUGUCUUACUGUUUGUAUUGAACCUUCAAGCCUAGUGCAACUGGAGAUUGCUUUGAUCACUGAGAUGCAUGAGGACUUAGAGUGAUCUCCACUUCAUAUAGCUCCCCCUUUGCUCAGUUGUCACCAACAGCUAUUCAAGCCUAGUUGUUAAGAUGAUCAAUAAAAGUCCUACAACAUCUGACUUUAGAAGAGAGUUUCAGGCUGUUGGUUAUAUAUGAUCAGCAGUGAAUUCAUUGAUAAAGACUACAACUAGGAACACUUUUUUUAAAAAGCGGACAACAGUUUCCUGACAUUUUAAACCCUUUAUAAAGCAUGCAGCUCCCCUGCAAUUCUGCAACUCUUUGACAUGUAUGAAUGUUUCUCAUAGCUGUAGCCACAGUCCUCACCAACAUUCACUUCAUCCAACUCUUUUCAGUUUUUCUUUCUGAAGUCUUUUUCUUUCUUUUCCUUUUGUGUGUCUGUGUUCAGUGUGUAUUUACUGUCACUAAAGCACAUUUUCAGACCCCUCCUCCUGUCGUGACGGAUACAUUGAAGGGCCCUUUGAUGGGGCUGACCUUUUCACAUCAAGUGAGUUCAUAGUAGAAAAAAAUAUGUUUGGCCUGACAUCACCUUUAAAAUAAAGAAGGUGCAUGACAAAAGUAUUUUUUCACUAACUAGUAAAUAAUUUUCCUUAGAUUUGGCUCUUGAGGCUGGUUAGCCUAAAAUGAAACACCCAUUUGAGUUUAAUGUGCUUAGAGGUUUGCAAAAUCUGUUCAGUCACUGAAAGAAAAUGAAUCAAACAUCUCUGAAGUUAUAAAUUUAUUGUCUUUAUUGCUGAACAGGAAAUUUGCAAUGAAAAUAUGUAGUUUAGACUACAGGGCAAACUUUAUAGAGCAAUUGUAGAAUACUGAUCGCUUCGUGGAAUAGAGUUUUCUGGAAAUUGCUGUGUGUUUUCUUGAGUUGACCAGGGGACAGGAAAUAAAGAGUAUUUUUCACCUCUGAAGAAAUUAAAAGUUUAUUGUCACCAUUAUAAAGGGCUGAAGCAGUUAUUGUACCUCAGGAGUCAAUUUUAUUCUAGUGGAUUAAUUUUGUUACAGUUGGCCUUAGACAUUGGCUUUUGGAGCACAUUAAUUAAUUACUGUGAGCCCAGUAUUCCACAUAGGCAUUUCUUCUGUUUCUUUUCCAGAGCUUUCCGAUAGCCCAGUGAGGAAUUUAAUAUUUUGUUGUCCAGUGUUUUUCUGUAGCUGUUUCAGACUGCUUUGGGGGUGUGAUACCAAUAGAUUCUAUUUUUUAAUGUUACCUGAGUCAUUUUGAAAACAGUCCUGUUUUUAUUUGUUUGAAUUCCCUGAAAUCCUGUUUUCAGUUGUUUUAUAUGCUUUUACACAACUGUUCUUUUAAGGGUUUGAUGUAGUAUUCUUGUUUUAAUGAUAUUGUUUAUUAGGUUAUAUAUACAAUUUAAAGAUUUUUAAAAUAUUAAGCAGAGGAAGGUUUGGGCUAUGAGGUGGACUUUCACAUUGAGGACUAUAAAAUGCCUGCUCUGGAAACUUUUGCCUCUAUAACUGAGAUGCAGAAUGUGAGGCUUUAUGUUCGGGCUUUGCCCUUCUUGGUGUGGGAGUCAAAGAGAGGCAUGCAGUUGGUCACAUGAUUUGUUUGACAAUGAACCUAUAUCCACAGUUAGAGUCUGCUGUCAGUGCAAUGGUUUUCCAGGCUUCUUCUGUAGCAUUUAUUUAAUAAAGGCAGUGAAAAUCAAUAGGAAGUUGAAGUAGCAUAUAACAAUAAUAUAUAAAACAUUUCAAUAAAACACAGAACAGUCAUUUUAAAAAAACUCAUAGAAAACAAAUAAUAAACACAGCUUUUAAGUAAUUGCUCUCUUGUCCAGCAUGUUAUUGGUCAACAUACUUCAUACUAUCCUCUCAGUCCUAUAUGAAUGUCAUCUCCAUCAUUUGUAGGUGUUGAGCAUCAUUUUAAAGCAAAAUCCAGGCUUGAGAGUGGUCCCUGGUAAUCCUAAACACAACUUGAAAAUAAGUUCCAUAGAAAUCGGUGGCAACUUUUUCUUUUAAGUAAAGAUGUUUAGGAUUGGUUUGGUUUAGUUUGGUUUUGUGUGUGCAUGUGGCUCAGACUACCUCAGUUCCAGCCUAGUAUUUUAUUCUGUAAAUCUGAUUUCUUUUCCUGGCCUUUUCCAGUAAUUCUGAAAAUUAUUCAGACUGUGUGGGGUUUUCCCUUUCUCUCCCUUUCCCUUUCCCCCUCUCAUUUCUUAGCUCUCCAGCUCUCGUCUUUCUUAUCAGCCUACAGCCCUGGGAGUUGGAUCAGCUGACCUGGCCUACCCAGUAGUCUUUGCUGGCGGCUUGAGUGCUGCACAUCCUCACCAGGUAUUCUUAGAGGUUUGAGACCAUUUUAUAUGUCUCAUAGCUAACUCUGUUCCUUAACUGUUGACAUAUUUCUCUAUCCAUUCUUACCCCAUUAUUUUACUUGUAGGGUACAGUCAGAGCUGAGCAACAUGAGAAGCAGCCUUGCUUUGCCUGUUAAGAAAUUUGAAGGCUUUCUGCCAUAAAGCAAAGAAAACUGGAGGAUAUCCUAGUCAAGUGCUGGGAAUGUGGGGCCAGUGCCCAUCUUUCUUUGUCAUGUCUGGUUAUCACUCUCCUUAGUUGAUAAUUUCUUCUGGUGCUCCCUGUCUUAACUUCAUUGUAAGUGACUGAGAUCCUCUCCAGUUCUCUUUACCUGUUGGUAGGAAGCCUUCAGGCAGAACCAGGCUGUUUCUCAUAUCAUGAGUAUAACAUGUAACCAGCUGUCAGCUACCUAUCAUUGAGAGUCAGGCAACCAUACAUUUGAAAAUAAAAGAGCCUAGAGCUUUUUUAAAUGAAUACUAAAAUAUCUAAUUUUCUUAUCCCUUUCUCCUCCAGUUGAUGGUUCCAGGGAAGGAUGGAGGAGUGCCCUUGAUUCCUAGCCAACCAGUUCAUGGCACUCAGGCUGAUCAUGAGAGAAUGGCCACAUGCACCCCUUUGGAUGGGGGUCACUACUCUGCAGUUACUCCAGCUAGCAGGUAAGUUUUCCAUCUCUCCAUGGUGAUUCAUAGUCUUACUACAGGUUUUAAAAAUAAUAAUUCAUUUGCUAGGCUAUAAGCAGCUUUCUGGAAAGAGGCAGUUAGGAAGAUCAUUAGAGGAUUUUAACUUUCCCUAAUUCAGAUUCUUUUUCCUCCCUUUCUUUCCCCCCAAAGUGAAAGUGCAGAGAAAGCAUGUGUAAGUAGGAUUCUCCUACAUUUGCAGUAACUACAGCCCUGUAGGAAGAUAGGACAGUAAUUUUACAAAUCCAACAGCUGUUUGAUAGAAUGUUUUCAUAGUAAAAUGCAUCUACACACAUAAAAUCAACAUUAUUUAGUAUUCAGUAAUUACAGUAACUUUCACUAUUCUUGAUGGAUCAGCACCCAAAGUUCAGCAUUGUUUUGGACUUUGGAAACUUUACAAAUUUCAGUAGCAGCUAAAAAUGUAAGAACUGGAGCUGUACUCUUAGUAAGAUCUACAUCUGUCUGAUCCAGCUACUUUUAAUGCCACUAUUUCCACCUUGUGACAUUUCAUUAGUUCCACAUACUAGACUCUUCAUUAGUAAUAAUAAAGUAGUUGUGGUUUCAUUUCUGUAAAAUGACUGACUGCAGGUACUAAAGCAUAGUUGUAGCUUCUAACAAGAAUACCUCAAACACCAAUUCCUGCAGAGCUUCUGUUAGGGUUAAGCAGAAACCUUGCCCUUUAGAGUUGAGGACAGUACCAACACUGACAUUUGCAGUUUAAUACUGGUAGCUUUGGCAAAUUUAACAUUUCUAUUUUUCCUGAGGAUGUAAUUUAGACAAGCGCCUGGGAUGCUAGUCUCAAAUUGCCCACUGUCUGUCCCCUUAAAUAAACUUAAAUAAACAUGCAAACACUUCAUCUUCACUUGUAAAGCUGUAACACUAUUUAAUACUGGUCCAGCCAGCACUGCUGUACAGUUCAAUUUCUUGAUGUUAGUACAUUUCAAUUAAUGUUAGGAAGCUCCCACAAGCUUAGAAGCCAAUUUAGUGUUUUUUAUGUUUAUGUGUGAUAUCAAUAUAUACAGAUUGACAGAUCCACAUGUGCCAAUUAAUCACCAUAUUUGACAGGAAUAAAUCAUCCAUGCAUACUACACCUCAAAGUCAUGAAAUGGGAUACAAAUGCAAUAAAAAAUAGGGCUUUCAAAAGCUGAACAGGUGUAGGGGGCACUAUUUGGUCUAGGGCCUGUUCACGUGUAUUCCAUAAUGCCUGGGUAGUGCCCCUGUUCAUAUGGCUGUAAUCUCCCUCUCCACACCUGUACCUGCAUCCAUGAGGGAUAUGAUCAGGAGGCUCUAAAGGCCUGGAAUGACAUUGCCUUUUGAAGACAUUUAUGGUGUGGAUAUUAAUUCAACAUACAAAUCACAACUUGAAGUGGGGAGAUACCCAUGAAAAUAUUAAGAAAACAAAAUCCACUGAGGAAAAUUCUGUUUUGCACAAAGAAAGAGAAAAGAGUAGUGAAAUAUUCUGUGGGAACAGUUUUGUAGUCUUUUAUCCAGAAUGUGGCUGGGAGGGUUCUGUUCAAAUUGUAUUACACAAAUCCUCCACCAACUUCACUGGUUACCAGUUUGUUCUCAGGCUCAAUUAAAAAUGUUGGCUUUGAUAUUUAAAAUCUUGGGACCACAAUAUGUUAAGACACACCCCCCCUGCAAAUGAGUCUGUCCAGGAUUUCUACUCCACUUUGGAUACCUUCCUUUGGGAUCACCACUAUCUGAAAUACAGCAAGUGGGUACCCAGGAGAGGGCCUUUUCAGUUUUACUUGGGACGACUACUGAGAUGACUUUGAUUCACCAUGAACUUUGCUGAUAUUUUGUGUGUAGAAUACUGCCUUUUGUACCUGCAGUACAACAUAUGGGUAAACAAAUAAUACACUCUCAUGUACCAGUGCUUCAUUCCAGAGCUUGUGCAGAGCAAGAAAAACAAAAGGAAAUCAAUUAAUACCCCUUCUCUUUUCUCUCUCAGUGAGGACACAGAAACUGUAUCUAACAGCAGUGAAGGAAAGAGUGGGUCCCCACAUGAUCUCUGGGAGACAAUAUUUGUGCGGAAGGUGGGAGCCUUUGUCAAUAAACCUAUCAACCAGGUAAUUUAAGUUCAUUGCUCUUGGAGACUUUGUGUCAGAAAUAGGUGGUUGCAAGAUUUGCAUUGAGCAAGGGGUUGGACAAGGUCUUUUCCAGCUCUGAAAUUCUAUGAUGUGCUGUUCUUUAGGAAAGAAAAAACACAAGGAAUAUCCUCUCCCUUGAAACAGCAGGCAGAAAACAACAGCAGCCUUUCUAUUUAUUUCUCCUUUGAACAUUAGUUGAUCAUAGUUUGAAGAUUCACAGUGCUGUGUUGCAUGCUGGGUAAGAGGAGCAGCAUUUGACUGAACAUUUGGGAUUCUGUCUUUUGAUCCUUUCUAGGUGACCAUGGCCAGUUUGGACAUUCCUUUUGCUAUGUUUGCUCCCAAGAACAUUGAGCCAGAAGAUAAUGACCCCAUGGUAAGAAAUGCCAGUCUUGCUCAGUCCUGCCUUCUCAGAUUUGAGUGGGUCUGAAUUUCCUAACCCAGCCAUUAGCAUGCUUGUGUUUUCUGACUGAAAAACAUAACUUUUAGCAUCCAUUUAAUUCCCUCAUGCCAGUAUUUGGGUAUGUUGGUCUGACACUUGGAUCUCUUCAACAGGUGAAUCCUCCUGACUCUCCAGAAAUAGAGUCUCCCCUCCAGGGCAGCCUACACUCAGUGGGCUCCAGUGGCAGCAGCAAUGGGAACAUCCAUGACGAUUUUGUUAUGGUUGAUUUUGUAAGUUGAUGCAGCCCUUUACAUACACAUACAUCCUUCGCCUCGAUGUCUGAAGCAGAACUGAAAUGCUAAAAUAUAUGAAAUUCCUUGGGAAAAGGCAUCUUCACAGAACCAAUGUGGGGCAAAUGACUCUGAAUAUUAUUUCAUUAAAAAGCAGAAGUGUACUGAUGUGGCCUCCCAGAAUAUUGAAAGACUGAGCUUGCAGGAAUUCCAGCAUACUGGACCCUUUUGAGAGACCUGAAACUUUUAUUCUUAAGAACCCAUGAUGAGUUUUACUCAUAGGACUAGAACUCAAAGGCUAUUUGAUGCAGCCUUCUGUCCAAAAGUGGCCCUUUUCACAAACUGUCACCCCAAAUCAAUCUCAGCAAAUUCUCUACAUCACUCAGAUUAUAGGGUGACAUGAGCAAAGAGCAGUAUCUAAGAAGGUGGUCUACAACACAGGUUAUAAUAAUAACAAUUUAUUAUUUAUAUGCUGCCUAUUUGACUGGGUUGCCCCAGCCACUCUGGGCGGCUCCCAACAAAAAUAGUAAAAGCAAUAUAACAUCACACACUACAGACUAAAGGUUCACCUGCAGUCCAGAGAAUAGCCAGAUGACCAGUUUUGAUAGGAGAAAGAUGAAAACAUGUUCUACUAUAUGCCGUACAUUGUGCUGUUGUUGGGUGAAACAAUGGAAUGCAUUUCAUUGAUAGUGGUUAAAUACAUUAUGAGAUGAUGGUUGAACAGAGCACUGUUGUGUUAUCAAUGUACAGCUGACUGAUAUUUGUCCAUUUAAUUCUAGAAACCGGCAUUUUCUAAGGAUGACAUUCUCCCAAUAGACCUUGGAACAUUCUACCGUGAAUUUCAGAAUCCUCCUCAGCUCAGCAGCCUCUCCAUUGACAUUGGGGCUCAGUCCAUGGCAGAAGAUCUGGUAUGCAAAAAUGGGAUUUCAGUUUGAGGGACAUUGCUCCCUGCCAUACAUAAACCAAAUAUGCCUUAUUUGAGAGGACUGAUCAAACAGGUCAUUCAUUAUUUAAUGUAUUAGAUAACUGUGCUGUGAACUCAAAAGUGCCAAAGCUCCAAGUUCAAAUCUUUUGUAAGUGCUAUAAAAAUACAUAGCCUUAGGCAGGCCACUUUUUCAUCACCUUAGACCGCUCCAGUGACCACCCACACGAUGUAUUGGAAUAAUCAUUUUGACAUGCCUUACAGGGUUUUUGUAGGGUUCCUUGAGAUAAUGCACAGUAUAUGAAGAAGUAACAUUUUGAAGUACCACAUAAAUAUGUUGUUACAAGAUCAUCUGAGGUGUUUUCUGACACUGCUUCUCGUUUCCCUGCUUCCCUACAUCCUCAGAAUUGUACCAUCCGUAGCUCCCUCAGACAGUAUCCUGCACUUAGUCACAACUUCAUAUUUUCUCCUAUGUGCAGAACUGAUUCCUUAAGCACAGUGCUCCCCCUGCCCCUUGAGCAUAUCUUUCCCAUGAGGUCUUUGUCUUAACUCUUCAGUCUUCAUUCCCAACUGUAGCCGAGCAAGUCUGACUGCAUUUGCUCACACUCUUCUCUCCCUCCCUUUUGUUUUCUCUGCUUUAUUAUAGAUCAUAUGCUCUUCAUGGUUAAUGACAUGUUUGUUUUUGCCUCUGAAACUCUGUAAAAUGUACAAAAGGUUUUGAAAGAAAAGCCCUCAAGUUGCCAUCUGUUAGCAGCAGGCUGACAAGUGUAAUUGUGCUAAAGCUGUUCCAGCAAAUUUCAGAGGUCACAAUCUCAUGUACCUCACACCUACAAACAAGCCAUGGACUUGGAUAGAUGCUGUUUACAGCAUUUUACUCCUUUCCAGGGUAGCUCUGCAUACAGGUUGGGAGAUCUUGAGAGCAUUUCAUAGUUUGAUAGUAAUGUUGUGCUGAAUCUAUUGAAUCAAAUCUGUCUUCAGAUAAGGCAUUAUUAUUAUUAAUUAUGCCUUACUCUGCUCUUCUGUUUUAUGUUUUUUGAACUACCUCUUUUACUCCUGUGUCUCAGGGGUGAGGAGCUUGUGGUCCCUCAAAUGCUCUUGGACUACCAUGCCCAUCAUCCCUUACCAUUGACCAUGUUGGCUGGUGCUGAUGGGAGUUGGGAGUUCAACAACAUCUGGAGGGCCCCCACACCUGCUGUGUAUUAUGUUAAAAAAAAAGAACUGGCUAAUGUAGCUACUGAUAAUUUUUCUUUGUCUUCACAGGAUUCUCUACCAGAUAAACUGGCUGUCCAUGAGAAAAAUGUCAAAGAAUUUGAUGCCUUUGUAGAGACCUUACAGUAAAACGGCUUAUUCUACAGCAGCAUUGAACUUUUUAGACACCCUGGAAAAGGAAGCCCAUGCAUUCUGCCUUUCUUCCCUUAGUGUCUUGUUCUGUCCCCAUCCCCCAAUUUCGUAGGCACUAUUGCUUUGCUCUGUCAGGUGCAGAAACAGUGGUCUGUAUCUCUUUGAACUAGUCCUUGGGAAGGGUGUGACUUGCUUUCCUACCCGUGUGAGGUUCGUAUUGAAUACAGUGCAUUAGGAAACAAGAUCAAGGCCUGUUCUUCUUCCGUUUUCUCAUGUGUUGAGAGACACCGAUGCUUCUUCCUCCCUCAACAGGGCUCUACAAUCUGGUUUCCUGGGGACAGUCUUUUUCCCUGCAUCUGCAGUAACGCCAAGCAGAAAUAACUCUGACUAAAUGUAACUGUCUUGCGAGCACUGUAGAUUCUGCUAGCGUGGUUCAAACACCGGCUUGCCUUCAGCAAGUGCAGCUAAAACAUAAGGGCAAGGGGCCGUUUUUCACCAGUGGUGCCCUAAACAAAGCAAACACAAUGUUGCACAUCUGUAUGGAAACAAGAAUUGAGGGGCCUGACCUGAUUGUCUAGUGCAGUUUCUAGGUAAGCCACAGACGCUAAAAGAAUUGUUUUUUGUAUAUUACCUGCCAACAUGGUGUGUGUCAAUAUAUUGCCUCCCCAAGACCACAAGCAUGGUCUGUGGCAUUUGGAGAAGAUCCAGAGUUUGUAGGCUGUGUUUACAGUCAGCAGUUGUAAAUAUGAAUUAGGAAUCCUAAUUCUCUAGGGUUAUUUAAUUUGGGGGGGGGGGUCUUUAGUCCAAAGUUCUUUCCUCUAUUCCCCUCAAAUGUUGCUGCUCUAUCAUAAAAUAAGAAAUAUUUAUUACUCUAAAGGAAACCUAUAUUUAAAAAAAAAUGUAUGUGGAUGCUUUCACUUUGUAAAGUAGCCAUAUAGGCUGCUUUGUCCUUUGUCACUGCAAGUAUGUUGUUCCAAACAGCUGUCAUUUCCCCCACUCCCGUUUGCAGGGUAAACUAUAAUACUUAUUUUCAGAAACAGACAUGGUUAUGCUUUCAAAAUGAUCUCUUCUGGUGACUCGAUUUCCAUUCUGCCCUGUUGGGUCUGUAGAUGUCAUAAAUAAAAAUGCACAUGUUGAUGCAGUGCACUGGUAGAAAGUUUCUAAAAUGAUUGUCUCUGACAGGCUUAUACAUUCGCUGUGAUCUGCACUUAGUUAGAAAGUAGCUUUUUCAGACAAGCACAUUUUAAAGAAGUUUGUGGUACUUGUUUUAAUUGAUGGGGUUUUGAUUGGCUAAAAGUUUAUUUUUGUAAUGACUUAGCCAUUAAGCAGUGUGAUUGGCUGACAUUGCUAUGUGUUUGAUCUGCCUGCUCUGUUCUUCACCAAAUAUGGGGAAGGAAAAACAACACUAAGCAUCAGCUCAGGGAUAAGUUAGACUCUGGGCACAACUUAUUUCUUCCUUUUCAUUAGAAACCAGGCUAAGACUGCAAUCCUGUGCAAACUUUCUUGCGAGUAAAUCCCAUUAAACUCUGGGGAAGUUAAUUCCGAGGAAACAUGCUUAGGAUUGUACUGUAAAAUGCCGAAGACCAUUCCCUGCAACCUGUUAUCUUAUAAACUAUUUCUUAUGACUGUGGACAUGAAGGACCAUUUAUGGUUUCCUGAUUAAAGUAAUGAGAUGUUAACUUCCUGAAGUAUAUGGUUCCAUUUCUUGUUGAUAAAGGGGGUUUGUUUGUUUUAGGCAACAGCCAUCAUCUAACCAUGUAACCUCUCAAGGUUUCUCACCCCUACUGCUGGACAGAAAUGAGCUGAAGCUCCAAUUUCUUGCCUUCAAGCAUGUUGCUGUUUUGCAUUACUAACUCUCAAAAUUGUGAGUUUAUUUAUGUGCUCAAAUAUGGCAUUUCAAUUUGUAUUCAAAGUAGCUACUGGCAAUACCUUUGCAUGACACUGGUCCAUGAAAAAACAUGAUCUAACCCCAGUCUCUAGCCUAAAGUGCCCCUGGGUAUUUGUCUUUGGCAGAAGUAAUAUCAAUAUCAAAACUACCCCUAAAAGUCUCUUGCAAAAUGCCACAAACUGUAUAAUGUCUGAUCCAGGGCCUUCUGUGGUUUGUUAGGUGCUUUGGGAAUUCUUUAUCCUUCUAGCCAGACUGGAAUAUAGCACAAUGGAAUUAUAUUCCAAUAAUGACCUACAAGGUGACCAAUGGUUUUCCCAAGACCAGCUGAUGAUAGUACAGUGGUACCUCUAGUUACGAACUUAAUUCGUUCCGGAGGUCCGUUCUUAACCUGAAACUGUUCUUAACUUGAGGUACCACUUUAGCUAAUGGGACCUCCCGCUGCCGCUGCACCACCGCUGCACGAUUUCUGUUCUCAUCCUGAAGCAAAAGUUCUUAACCCGAGGUACUAUUUCUAGCUUAGCGGAGUCUGUAACCUGAAGCGUCUGUAACCCGAGGUACCACUGUACAUAGCUAAUAAUUUACAAGUGUUUUGGUUAAAAGGAGAAGGGUCCUCAAUUAUAUUUCUUUGGAACUAAUUUUCAAGAGUUACUUCAACAUGUAUUCAUAUACUUUCCAAUAAAAAUUUUAUGUCACUUACUUUAGCUGUAAGCCAGAGGUAGUGAAAAGUCUUAUUUCAAAGAGGUAAGUGGUGGAGCUGCUGGAAAAUGCUAAUUUUUCAACUACUUUAGUUACUGAAAAACUUGUAUACCGCAAUUUCAUUUUUUUUAAAAAUCAACGUGGUUUACAGCAAUUCUAUAUACACAAUAAAAACAUUUAAAAUCACAGGUCAUC